UCCGGUGUGGGCAGCGCCGUGCCCUCACCAAAGAUGGCGGCGCCCUUGUCCCUGCUGCUGGAGUGCGGAGGUGGAGCAGAGCUCUUGUUUGGCGGGGUCAGGAAGCAGCGGGUGACUCUGCCCAGCCAGGAAGGACCUUGGGAUGUCCGAAAGUUGCUGGUGUGGAUGAAAGAGAACCUGUUGAAAGAGAGGCCGGAACUGUUCGUGCAGGGAGAGUCUGUGCGGCCGGGAAUCUUGGUGCUGAUCAAUGGGGCAGAUUGGGAGUUGAUGGGCGAGCUGGACUAUCUGCUCCAAGACCAGGAUAACGUCGUUUUCAUCUCCACCUUGCAUGGUGGAUAGACUGCUGGGAGUAUGAAAAAGAACAUUUGCGUUGGUGGGCAGAGGGCAUAAACAUGCUUGCUCUCCUGGCUCUCACCCCAGAUCAGAGUCGGUUUCUCAUUAGCUUCUUCUCUUUAAUGAAGUCUGCCCUUUCGACGCUUGGCUCCUCCCACCCAGUGGUUCAGCUCUCGCCUCUUUUGCCCCAGAAGGAGAUCGAAAUCUUUUCUGCACCUGGUCACCCUCUUCCCUGCUCCAAGAGGUUCAUGCCAUGGGACAAGUGGCUGGAAAGGAGCCGCUUUGCACGUGGAAUGACUGAGCUCACCGUGGCUGCCGCCCUUCUUUGCUUUCUUCUCCUUGGCGGCAGCAGGGAAAUGCCUGGGAUCAAAGAGGGGAUCUCCCUUUCCUUUCAAUCCAAGCCUUGGUUCGGGUUGCAGCCAUUAACAGUCAUUAAGGGAUAUGGGGUGCAUGCAAAGAAGAUGGCAGAUGCAAGACUCCCUCAGCCUAUCUGCUCUUGAUUUACCAUGCAUGGAUUUCAGUUCUGUGACUCAGUUUUGGAAAGUACCCUUCUGGAGCUAGCUCACAAAUGGUUGCUUUGAAUUUUGAUGACUAUGAAGUAUACUUUUGCCUGCCUUUUUUUAAAGAAAAAGAAACUUGAUGACCCUCAGAAUCUGUUCCAGCUCUACAAUUCUAUGAUGCCCUAUUUUUUAAUCUUCUGGAGGCACUGCCUGAUCCUGUUCUGCCACAGCUGCUGUGUAUGCAUGCGAUUGAUUUCCCUUUUCAAAUUGUCUGCUCUGCACUGUUCUGUCGCAAAGUGUUUUGCAAUGUGUUGCAGAGGACAGAGUGCUUCAUUUGAAGCUGGGUGUUCUGGACUCAGGUUCUGCCUCAGUCAUGUACUUACAUCCCUGGGUGGCCUUGAGCAAGUUGCUCUCUAUGUUAACUUCAGUUCCACAUGUGUAAAGGGAGAUUUGAAAUGAUUGACUCUGCAGGAUAGUUGUGACAAUAAACAAUAAAAGUUGUGAAAACAAAACACAAAAUUCAUUCUUUGUCACUGGUCAAUUGUAAUUAAUUUAACGCAUCCAAAGGUCAUGCAAUUUUGGUUAUGUAUUUAACUAUUUGCAAAAAUCAAAUAGGCUAUGUUGUUUUUACCUAUUUGAAUUUGUGAAGGACAUACAUAAUAGCAAAUAGGUUAUGCGUUUCAGAAUGAAAGCUGAGUGGGUGGUUGUUAAUUUCCAAAUUGUGCAAAAGUGGAAGAAUGACACAACUUUAAUUGAAGGUGUGUAAGAUGCUAAUAAUGGAUAAAGUAUUGCACCAAUGGAAGGUAGCAUUUUAACCCCAGAUUUAAUUAUUAUUGGAAAAAGGAUUCCUGUUUCUAACUGAGCAGCUUGGAACAAUAAUAGACCACCCAGACUCUCAUCCAUGAGGAUUUACUGAACUGAAUAUUGCCGUUGUCACUUGACCUUUUGUUUAUGUACCUGAAUAAAUCGCUAAUUUUA